AUGAGUGUUAACAUAGAACAGGCCUGUGAUUCCUGUCGAAAACGCAAACUUAAGUGUUCCAAAGAACUACCACGUUGUUCCAAAUGUAUUGCUCAUAAAUGGGACUGUGUUUAUUCCCCAAAGACAAUCCGCUCCCCCUUGACGAGGUCACAUCUUACCCAGGUGGAAAAUGAAUUACAGCAGAUUCAAAAUGUCUUACAAUAUUUGAUCCCUGAUAAAUCACUAGAAGAUAUCAUUAAGAUAGUUCAACAUGCCCAAUCUUCUAGUGAUCCAUCGACUACUCUAAACUCCUCACACAAUAACAAUAAUAACAGUUGCAAAAACAAUAGUAAUAAUAAUAGCAGCAACAAUAAUAAUGGUUGCAAUACAAACAACAAUAAUAAUAAUAAUAGUAUUGCAACUUUGAAGGAAAAUGUGGUAAAAAAUUUUAAUACCUCCCUAUUGAUCCCUUCAAGCUUGAAAUCUCAACCAAAAUUGCCAGAACGUUAUUUAACUGAUAAUACAGAAAAAUCGGUUUUUGAAUGGACUGAAUUUGAUGAAGAUUCCAAUACCGAUGUUGAAGAUUACCAGGCAAUCUCUCCUGAGUCUUCUCCAAAAUCAUCUUUUUCCAAGUCUAAUUCGGUAGUUUCUCUAUCCAAUUUAGUCACCCCAGCUCCCUCUUCAACAAAGCUAUCUUCUUUACCGUAUGUUUCCUCGUUCAAUUCUUUAGACGGUAUGGGCGCUAACCCUACAUCCAAAUCGGGAUUCUUGGGUGCAGGAUCAAGCACAACCUUCUUGCGUAUAAUGAAAGCAGAUGAGCUAAACGAGAACACACAAUCACAAGAACAACAGCAUCACAAUCACAUUCCAAAUCAACACCAACCUCACACACAACAACUUCAUAAUCAACGCCAAUACCAAUAUCAAUAUUUGAGAAAUACAAAUAACAGCAAUCAAAAACUAAACUUAGCUGAUAAAAAAACAGAAAUUGAUUUCAUAGAUGCCUACUUCAAGACCUAUCACAUGUCUUAUCCGUUACUUAAUAAAUCCCAUUUUAUAAGUAACAUGGAGAAAAACUUACCAAAAGACCAUUCAUCCUGGUGGUGCCUAUACUAUACUGUAUGUGCCUUGGGUAGUUGGUGUGUUUCCGGCGACUCUACCAAUUAUGAUCUGUUCUAUUAUAAACUGGCAAAACAUCACUUAUCUCAGGUUUUUGAAUCUGGUAACAUAGAUUAUGUCAUCUCAUUAAUCUUAUUGUCAAAUUACGCUCAAAAGAGAAAUAAACCAAAUACCGGUUGGAAUUAUCUAGGCUUGGCUGUUUCAAUGGCUGUUUCUCUUGGUCUUUACAAGCAAAUCGAAAUCAACGAAUCUAAAAAGAAGAACAUUGAUGAUCUGAAAUCUUUUAUCUAUGACCAAGAAAUAAAACGUAGAAUUUGGUGGUGCCUUUACAUUUUUGAUGCAGGUGCUGCAAUCACUUUUGGUAGACCUUCCCAUAUUCCGAAUCCUGAAAAUAUUGACGUUAAAUUACCAACAAACAUCAGUGAUGAGAAAUUAGAUGCUUUGUUAAAUGAUUCUACUUUUCUCUCGAGUUAUGAAAAAUUACCUGAGUCAGAUGAGCCAACAAUUUACUCAGCGUUAAUUGAGCAGGCAAAAAUGAGCAUCUUAACAGAUCCUUUCUAUGAGAAAAUUAUAUCCCAGAAGAGACCUUCACUAGCUGAAUGUCAUAUGAUGCAUAAAAAGCUUCAAGAUUUUCAGAGUAGCUUACCUGAUUAUUUUAAUAACGAUUUUCCUCAAAUUGUGAAAAAAUACUUUAAUGAUGAUUUAUCAACGGUCCCAGAAUGGUUUACGUUGUCUCGUUCUCGAUUGUUAUGGAGAAUCAGUAACUUGCAAAUAUUAAUUUUCCGUCCAUAUAUUUGGCAGAAAAUUGUUUUGAUCUCAACUGGUAAAGGCUCGAAAAAUUCAUCAAAAGAAUCAACAUUAUCUGAAGAUUCUAAAAACGCUAGAAGGGUUUGCUUAAACGCUGCUACUAAAACAAUCGAAUCGAUUAUGGAAUACUUGAAUGCAUCGUCAACUCCUAUAAAUGCUUUGUCAAGUUGGUACACAACAUAUUUCUUGUUCCAGGCAAUUCUAAUCCCACUAUCAUGUCAAUGUUCAAAUCCAAAGUCAAAACACAACCGUGAUUGGUGGUCUGAUAUUAUUAAGGGUAAACGUGCGUUGGCAAUGUUAGCUACCUCUAACUCCGCAUGCUUCAAAUUGAUUCAAUUAAUUGAUGAUAUUUUGAGACGACAUAAUGCCAUGCUUAAGCUGAACAAUUUUGAGCUUAAUGACUUAAUUAGAACUUCAACUGAUACAGAUAUGAGUAACACUAUUAUUGGACAAAAGCGUACUGUCAAUCCUCUGAUGAAGCAAAUUUCCGAUGAUAUGAUCUUUGAUUUUGGUACCGCUAAGAGGAAGCAGUACAAUUCGCUUUUUUCACCAUCAUCAAGAUCUUCCUCCACAUCCUCUUUGCCAAAAGUGUUCAACCCUAAGCCGGAACCACCAAAAUCCCCACUCUCAAAUUUUAGCAGUGGUUACAAAUCAAUUCCAACUAUUUCUCCGUCUUUGAUGGAGAAAAAAUUCAAUAAUGAUUGUAAGAAUAUUUCACACCUAUCAUUAAAUUCUGCAUUGACAAUGUCGGCAGUGCCAUCAGAUUCUUCACUGAAUGGAACGACUACCAACUCAACUUCAAAAACUGCACCUGUACCCGUCUCAUCUACCACAAAGACUAACAACAUUCAACAUAAUGACGAUAUGUUUAGCGGUUUUAUGAAAGUCAAGGAUGAAAAACCUUCAGAAGAAACAACCAAUGCAUAUUUGUCGAAUAUCCAACGGAUGGCGGAUAACCUGAUGGUGACAACAAGUCCUAUGUAUACCCCAUCAAAUACUGCUAAUUCUUCAAACGAACCAGCUUCGACCACCUCUGCAGAUAGAAUUCUAGACUCUAAUCUAUCAACGGUUUCUUCGGUGCCGAUGGAUAUUGAUCCUGCUGGUUCCUUGAAUAAGGAAGAACUACUAAACGAUAUUUAUUCAAUGAUGUUUGAGGAAUUUCAAGAUCCAUCUUCAUUAACUUACAAUUUUAACUACGAUGUCAAUGGUUUCUAA